AUGUCUACAGAAAUUGAUGAUCCUGUUAAAGUUCUUUCAAAUAAAAUUGUUAAUGCUGCUUGGGAUCUUACCAAUAAAGAUACUGAAAAUGAACAUGAAUUUAAAAUAAUAUAUAUGUUUGAAAUGAUGGAAAAGAAAAAAGAUAAUUUCUAUAAACAAUG